CAAAGAACAAAAUAAGCAAGGCAAAAGCAAGAAAGCAAAAGUGCAGAAAACUAGUGAAAGAGCAAUAGAAGAAAGGCAAAAGCAAGAAAGUGAAAAUGCAAAAAACAAGCGAAAGAGCAAUAGCAGAAAGGCAAAAGCAAGAAAGUGA